AUGGCCGAAGAAAAGAUGCAGCUCGAGGAUUGUUGGUUGCCCCACACCCCAGACGACUUAGGCGGCAUCAAGUAUCAGCCUUGCGUUCUCUCGUCUUUUUGUCGAUUUGCAGUAUGGCUAACACAAUCGAUAGGGUUGGACGAUCUAUGUGUCCGAUUCAUCAUCAACCUGCCUGAAGAAGAUCUUUCGUCCGUUGCACGCAUUUGCUUCCAGAUAGAAGAGGCACAAUGGUUCUACGAAGACUUCGUCCGACCGCUCGAUCCCACGCUUCCCUCCAUGACCCUUAGAAGUUUUAGUCUUCGCAUCUUCCAGCAUUGUCCGUUGUUGGCACCGUUCUCUGUCGAGAAUCACACAAAGGCUUUCGAAGAGUUCUUGCAAUAUAAGACGAGAGUUCCUGUGAGGGGAGCCAUCCUACUUAAUGAGGCGAUGGACUCGACCAUCCUAGUCAAAGGCUGGAAGAAGGGUGCAAACUGGAGUUUCCCCCGUGGAAAGAUCAACAAGGACGAAGACGAUCUCGAAUGCGCUGUUCGCGAGGUUUACGAGGAGACCGGUUACGACCUGCAUGCUGCUGGUUUGGUUCCCGAGAACCGAGAUGAUGUCAAAUAUAUCGAAGUCACCAUGAGAGAGCAACAGCUGAGGCUCUACGUGUUCCGCGACGUGCCAAUGGAUACCCACUUUCAGCCGCGGACGAGGAAAGAGAUCAGUAAGAUUCAGUGGUACAAGCUCUCGGAGCUCCCUGCAUUUCGAAAGAAGGGCAACCAGCCCCAGAACGACGCUGCUGCAGCUGCCAACGCCAACAAGUUCUACAUGGUGGCCCCAUUUCUGGUCCCUCUCAAGAAAUGGGUUGUACAACAGAAGCGGAAGGAUGCUGUCAAGGCUGCCAACGAGGCACAUUUCAACCCCUACUCCCUCCAUGAAGAGCCUCUCACUGAGGACGAUGUCUGGCAGACGGAGCCUGCCACCGAUGUUUCGAACCGAACACCUGGCCUAGAUACCCUUGAGGGGGCAACGCAGGAAUUGCAACGUCUUUUAAAGGUCAAGCCAACAGCCGCGCAGGCAACUUCGAAACCUGCGUCCCCGGAUGUUGGCUCGGACAAGGGCGCAUCAUUGCUCGCCAUUCUGCAGGCCAAGAAUCAGGCCGCUGCUCAAGGAAUCCCCAUCACUCAACUUCCGCAUACACCCCUCGAUCAUACCAUCAGAGAGGCUCCGCUACCGCACAGCCCUCACGGCCAACACCAUCCCCAGCAACGGGCGCCGCUUGCAAGCUAUCAAGCUCCACCUGAAUUUCCCGUUGUGCCAGACGGAACACCGCAGUCAUGGGCGUUUAAUCAAUCUGGCAAUUCCGGCCCGGUUCCCCCUCAGGCUGGGCAUCACGAUCAGUCGAUGAUGGGCGGUCCUUCGUACGUGCCACAUCCGCCACUAAGGCAUCCGCAGCCUCUGCCUCCUCAGGUUCAGCAGACGCUCUUGGCCAGAGGUGGAUUCCCCGAUACCACCCCGCCACCGCCCCCUAAGCAUGCUCAGGGAACCGUCAACCAGCCCAUGGCCAAUGCCCAGUUUCCGCAGGUGCACUUUCAGCAGCAAACCCAGAAUAUCUUGUAUCGAAACAAGCUGCCUAGUGCUCAACUGUCCAAUCACUCGAUGGCACUAUUGGGGGUUCUCAAGUCGGACACAAAAACAGACAACCCAGACAGAGCAUAUCAAACCGGCUCCCAGCCGUUUGCGCCUACGCCUUCGGGCCAUGAUCAGCCAUUCGAUGGCAUUCAGGGGCACGGAGGCGUUUCGGCGUACGUUCAACCGCCGGUUUCGAAUGUGGGCGAACAACAUCAAGUAAAUCCGGCUGUAAACUCGCGCUCUCAGCAACCAGGCGACCCCCUACAUCGGUCGACACUUUUGCAGAUGUUCAAGAAGCCUGAAAUUCACUCGCCGCCCACGAACCAGCCCGCCGAGCUACCUGCGAAUACUGCAAGUGCUACUCUGAUGAAGGGAUUAUCAACAGUCAAGGCUACCAACCAGGGCACUCACAGCCCUAUUUUUCAGGGCCGUGUGGCUCAGCCGGUCUCCAGCAGUCCUCUGAGUAGACCCCCUCAGGGCGUGUCGGAUGUCAGCUCUCAAGUUAACAUCCAAUCUCUCUCCCUUCAACCCCAAGGUGGGAGACGCGAGCACCAAAGCCCUCAAACCAUCACGGGAUAUAACUCGAGAGCAGCAGAAAACAGAGUUUCAUCGCAUCAAGGCACGUAUAGCCACCCUGCCGUGUACAACAACAAGUCGCCACAAAUGUUUUCCAGUCAAACUCGUGAACGAGGUGAAAACCUCAACAAGCCGGGCGGACCUAGAGCACCUGCUAUAGCCUCGAUACUUGGUGCUGCCGGUGCUGAUAAGCCAUCUAGCCUGGCCAGCCCUCCAGCGGCGUCAGCCCUUCCGGCACCUGGUGCUCUGCAGCAGAAGUCACAGAUGUCGACAGAGCAGAGGCAGAAGCUUCUCUCGCUUUUCGGCAAGCCUCAAUCGCCAAGUCCUGGGCCUGUAUUCGAUCUAGAUGACAAGGGAAAGACCAGGGAAAUGGCAGCACCUGACGGGAGCAAGCGGUCGCGAGUAGCGUCCCUUGCCUCUGCAAGCGGGCAGGGUGCUCCGGAGGGCUUGUCUGAGUCACGGCGCGGCAGCCAGACCCCGAUUUCUCCAGCAGAUCGGAGUUUCUUGCUUGGGUAUCUGGCAUCAGUGGCAAACGCGAAAUAG